CACAUUCACGCUGGCAAUUUCUCCCUGCGCUUCUUUGAUUGCUCUGUUGUUUUCGUUAGGAUUGAUUCUUGUUAUGACUUUAUGACUGGUUUCUGGCUUCCAUAGCAUCGCUUUAAACCCCCUGCUUUGCUCCAAAAACUUACUCGCCCCUUAAGUCGAUCCCCUUCCUCAUCUCGUUCCCCAUGGCGUCCCAAUCGGCAGUCGGGUCCUAUUCGAACCCUUUAAAGAAGUUCAAACUCGUUUUUCUCGGAGAGCAAAGUGUCGGUAAAACAUCGUUGAUUACGAGGUUUAUGUAUGAUUCAUUCGACAACACAUACCAAGCCACUAUUGGCAUUGAUUUCCUGUCGAAGACAAUGUAUUUGGAGGACCGUACAGUUCGACUGCAGCUCUGGGAUACUGCUGGCCAAGAACGAUUCCGAUCUCUCAUCCCUUCUUACAUCCGUGACUCCAGUGUAGCCGUUGUUGUUUACGACAUCUCGAAUGCCAAGUCUUUUCAAAAUACGCGGAAAUGGGUUGAUGAUGUGCGAGGGGAACGGGGGAACGACGUCAUCAUUGUCUUGGUCGGGAACAAGACAGAUUUGAACGACAAGCGGGAAGUGACGACGGCGCAAGGCGAAGAAGAGGCCAAGAAGAAUGGCUUGAUGUUCAUCGAGACUAGCGCAAAAGUGGGCUAUAACGUCAAGCAGUUGUUUCGAAGAAUAGCCCAGGCAUUGCCAGGGAUGGAGGGUGAGGCAGGGAGAGGAGACAACCAGAUGAUCGAUGUGAACAUCAACCCCACCCAACCCGUCAGCAACGAAGGCUGCGCCUGCUAAGGACCACCGUCUUCUGACCCUCCUCGCCAGCAUAUCCUACGGUCGCACUUAAUAUCGUGUAUAAUCUUAUUACCUUUUUUCUCCUCGUUCCAGCUUGGGUGGCGUCUAGACGGGUUUGUUACGUCUCAUUCGGCUCAAUUUUCUGCUCGCUAUAUUUUAUUUCUUCUCUUUCUUUUCUUGUCUUCUUUCACGCCUGUUUUGCAUAGCAUUUUCCUUCACGGCCUUUUAAUUUUGGCAUUGUUUGACUGAUAUCGCCACGAAAUGGUCGAUUCACUUCCCCAAGUCGAAUC